CCUCAGUCGAUCAGUCCAGUGAACCCCCUUCACAUCUCCUACAGAGGGUCGCAAUAGUUAGUUAACCGGUAACAGUCAGCCAGACUGUCAGCAUGUCCGAAGCACCAGCAGAGCAAACGGAUCGAAACUUCACCCUGCUAGAAGGAAACUCAUCCAUUGCGGCGGUUAUAGACAAAAUACUACGCUCGCCUCCCCGUGAAAACCCGUUCCAUGUGCUCGACCUGGACGACAUUGUGCGCAAACAUCUGAACUGGCUCCAGCAGUUACCACGGGUGAAACCAUUCUAUGCGGUCAAGUGUAACGAUGAUUCGGCGAUUCUGGAGACGCUGGCUCUACUGGGAACGGGAUUCGAUUGUGCUUCCAAGGGUGAAAUCGGUAAGAUAUUAUCUCUAGGCGUCAACCAGCAGAGGAUCAUCUACGCACAUCCGAUCAAAUCGAAAGAAUCUCUAGGGUAUGCCAAGAACAAAGGCAUCACCACGAUGACAUUCGACAAUGAGCUUGAGUUAGUGAAAAUCGCGGAGUUCUACCCGGAAUCGAAUUUAGUGUUACGGAUUCGGCAUGAUUCAGACAAAGCGUUGGUGCCUUUGGGGAAGAAAUUCGGAUGUGAUGCGCGACUGGAAGGACCCCAACUGCUUGAUAAAGCGAAAAAGUUGAACCUAACUGUGGUUGGAAUAAGUUUUCACGUCGGUUGUGGAAGUUUGGAUGCGGACAGUUUCUAUAAUGCAAUUAGGGCAGCGAAAGUGUUGUUCCAGUAUGCGUCAUCGAUUGGAUAUAGUUUUUCUUUGUUGGAUAUCGGUGGAGGAUUUCCGGGAGAUGCCGAAAAGCCGAUAGAUGAAUUUGCUAAAGCGAUAAAUCGGGCACUUGAUGAGUUCUUUCCUAAUCUGGCUGAUAUUAAAGUAAUCGCAGAACCGGGAAGAUAUUAUGUGGGAUCCGCUGUGAGAUUGCUAACGGUGAUUCAGGGAAAGAAAAUUAUCAGUGAUCCUAAUGAUAGUUCUAAAAUGCGCCACGUUAUGUACUAUCUCAACGAUGGAGUCUUCGGAACGCUGUUCGAUUGGGUUAGUCUGCGUGCGAUUAAUGAUCUUGAACGGUUAGUGCCGAUGAUUAUACACUCAAAACGAGACGAAAUACGUUUCAAAUCAACGAUUUGGGGACCGACCUGUGAUGCCACGGACAUUAUCUGUGAGAAUGUAGAUUUUCCGGAGCAUCAGAUUGGUGAAUACGUUCUGUUCGAAAAUUUAGGUGCUUACGGUAUGACGUUUGCUACCAACUUCAACGGAUUCCCGAAGCCGGGCAUUGAGGUUUAUGUUCGACAGGAUACUUGGAAGGCACUAGCAGCCCUUAAAGACGUUAAUUGGCAGGACAAAACGAUCCAUUUACUACAGCAGUGUCUUUAAACUAAAUCUGCAUACCGAUCAGCGGAGUUUGGUUAUUUUUCGGUGAUGAAAGCAACGAAGGCGUUCAUUUUCUACAUCAACUUGUCUUAUUCCAAUACAAACGAUACCAACAGCAGUAUACUAUCACUGUAUUCUAUAUUUGGUGUAGUACAGAAAUGAAAGUAUUUUAUUUUAAA